AUGGGGGACAAGUCGGAGGUCUUGGAUGCCGUCCUCAAGGAGGCCGUCGAUUUGGAGAAUAUACCGAUUGAGGAGGUGUUCGAGAAUCUUCGAUGCAGCAGAGAUGGGCUCACCAGCGAUGCUGCUCAAGAGAGGCUUAGUAUUUUUGGUCACAACAAGCUCGAAGAGAAACAAGAGAGCAAGUUUAUCAAGUUUUUGGGGUUUAUGUGGAACCCUCUCUCAUGGGUCAUGGAGGCCGCUGCAAUUAUGGCCAUUGCUCUUGCUAAUGGAGGGGGUAAGCCUCCAGAUUGGCAAGAUUUUGUGGGAAUCAUAACCUUGCUUGUGAUCAACUCAACAAUCAGUUUUAUAGAGGAAAACAACGCCGGUAACGCUGCAGCAGCCCUCAUGGCCCGUCUUGCUCCCAAAGCCAAGGUGCUGAGGGAUGGUCGAUGGAGUGAGGAGGAUGCAGCUGUUCUCGUGCCGGGAGACAUUAUCAGCAUCAAGCUUGGUGAUAUUGUCCCUGCUGACGCUAGACUUCUUGAUGGAGAUCCUUUGAAAAUUGAUCAGUCCGCCCUCACUGGAGAGUCUCUGCCGGUAACAAAAGGUCCUGGUGAUGGUGUGUAUUCUGGCUCGACUUGUAAGCAGGGAGAAAUAGAGGCCGUUGUCAUUGCAACGGGUGUCCAUACCUUUUUUGGCAAGGCAGCACAUCUUGUAGACUCCACGAACCAAGUUGGUCAUUUCCAAAAGGUGCUGACGGCUAUUGGGAAUUUCUGUAUCUGUUCAAUUGCUGUUGGAAUGUUUGUAGAGAUUAUAGUCAUGUAUCCCAUUCAGCACCGAGCUUAUCGUCCUGGAAUUGAUAAUCUUCUGGUUCUUCUCAUUGGAGGAAUUCCCAUAGCCAUGCCCACUGUUUUAUCUGUUACAAUGGCAAUCGGAUCGCAUCGCUUGUCUCAGCAGGGAGCCAUAACAAAGAGGAUGACUGCUAUUGAAGAAAUGGCUGGAAUGGAUGUCCUUUGCAGUGACAAAACAGGAACUCUUACUCUGAACAAGCUUACAGUGGACAAGAACCUUAUUGAGGUUUUUGUAAAGGGUGUAAGCCAAGAUGCUGUUAUCCUAAUGGCUGCUAGGGCAUCACGUGUUGAAAAUCAAGAUGCAAUUGAUACUGCUAUUGUUGGGAUGCUUGCUGACCCAAAAGAGGCUCGUGCUGGUAUCCAAGAAGUACACUUUUUGCCGUUCAACCCCACUGACAAAAGAACUGCCCUGACAUACAUUGAUUCAGAUGGAAAAUGGCAUCGUGUCAGCAAAGGUGCUCCAGAACAGAUUCUGAAUCUUGCACACAAUAAGUCAGAGAUAGAGCGCAGGGUGCAUGCUGUUAUUGACAAGUUUGCAGAGCGUGGACUUCGAUCACUUGCUGUAGCAUAUCAGGAAGUUCCAGAACGAAGCAAGGACAGUCCAGGAGGUCCAUGGCAGUUUAUGGGUCUUAUGCCGCUUUUUGAUCCUCCAAGACAUGACAGUGCAGAGACAAUCCGCCGGGCACUUAACCUGGGUGUCAAUGUGAAAAUGAUCACAGGCGAUCAACUAGCAAUAGGAAAGGAAACAGGACGUCGUUUGGGAAUGGGCACAAACAUGUAUCCUUCAUCAGCUUUGUUGGGCCAAACUAAGGAUGAAUCUAUUGCUGCUUUGCCUAUUGAUGAAUUAAUAGAGAAGGCUGAUGGUUUUGCUGGUGUAUUUCCUGAGCACAAGUAUGAGAUUGUGAAAAGGUUGCAAGCGAGGAAGCAUAUUUGUGGUAUGACUGGUGAUGGUGUUAAUGAUGCUCCUGCUCUCAAGAAGGCGGAUAUUGGAAUAGCAGUCGCAGAUGCUACAGAUGCUGCUCGAAGUGCUUCUGAUAUUGUUCUCACAGAACCGGGUCUAAGUGUCAUAAUAAGUGCUGUCCUGACCAGUCGUGCAAUUUUCCAGAGGAUGAAAAAUUAUACGAUCUAUGCAGUUUCCAUUACCAUCCGUAUAGUGCUUGGGUUCAUGCUUCUUGCACUCAUAUGGAAGUUUGACUUUCCACCCUUCAUGGUCCUAAUUAUCGCCAUCCUCAAUGAUGGUACUAUCAUGACGAUAUCAAAGGAUAGGGUGAAGCCAUCUCCGUUACCUGACAGCUGGAAGCUUUCAGAAAUUUUUGCAACUGGGGUCAUUCUUGGUGGUUAUUUGGCAGUGAUGACAGUUAUUUUCUUCUGGGUUGCAUAUAAAACUAACUUCUUCCCGCGAGUGUUUGGUGUGGAAAGCUUGGAGAAAACUGCUCAAGACGACUUUCAGAAGCUUGCCUCCGCUGUUUAUCUACAAGUAAGCACCAUUAGUCAGGCUCUUAUCUUUGUGACAAGAUCUCGUAGCUGGUCUUUUAUCGAACGGCCCGGUCUCUUGCUUGUAGCAGCUUUCUUCAUUGCUCAACUUGUUGCUACAUUAAUAGCUGUCUAUGCUGAUUGGGGGUUUGCUGCCAUCAAAGGAAUUGGAUGGGGCUGGGCUGGGGUUGUUUGGCUUUACAAUCUCAUCUUCUACUUCCCACUCGAUAUCAUCAAAUUCUUAACCCGAUAUGCUCUUAGUGGAAGGGCAUGGGACCUUGUCAUCGAACAAAGAAUUGCAUUUACAAGGCAGAAGGAUUUCGGGAAGGAAGCAAGGGAACUCAAGUGGGCACAUGCACAGAGAACCCUUCAUGGGCUUCAAGCACCAGACUCCAAGAUGUUCAGUGACAGGACUAAUUUCACUGAUCUCAAUCAGAUGGCUGAAGAGGCCAAAAGACGUGCUGAGAUUGCAAGGCUCAGGGAGCUUCACACGCUGAAGGGUCAUGUGGAGUCUGUUGUAAGGCUCAAAGGUUUGGACAUUGAAACAAUUCAACAAUCCUACACCGUCUGAGUUCAACCAAGACAAAUUGGAUAGGGAGUAUUAAGACUAUUAGUGCAUAGUGCUACUAGUGGAUAUACUUGGAUUAUUUUUCUUCUACUGUCAGUUUCCUUGUUCAUUCAUUUUGCAUGUAUCGUGGCUGUUUUAUAUUGGUCUUGUUGAAAGAAUUUGUGAACUGUGCUAAUGUUUAGCUGAGCCAUCCGGGCUUUUGAUUAAUACGAUUAUGAUUUCUCCAUCCUUUCAAGAAUUUUGCUUAUGUUAACCAGAAGGAAACAGAGCAGUGAACGCAAAUAUGGAGGAAGAUCAGUGUAGUGUACCGUGUACAUGUAAAUGCAUCUGUUUCUCUGCA